AUGAGUUUCGAGAAUGGUCGGAAGCAGUCUCUCGAGAUGAAGGAAGACAAACACGCGCCUGUCGUCAACGAGGCGGACGCCGAGCUCGCCGAGGCCCUGAGGAACUACGUUCCCGGCACGCGGGAGGAGAAGCAGCUCGUGAAGAAGAUUGACCUGUUUCUGAUGCCUAUGCUUUGGAUCAUGUAUAUCCUGAAUUACGUGGACCGCACCAACAUUGGAAAUGCCAAGAUCGCGGGAAUGCAAAAGGAUCUCGGCCUCACCGACGACGGGUACGCCUGGGUGCUGUCCAUCUUCUUCUUCGGCUACCUCAUCUGCGAGGUGCCCUCGAACAUGAUCCUCAGCCGCAGCCGGCCGUCCGUUUUCCUCCCGGGCAUCAUGCUCGUCUGGGGCGCGCUGAGCGCCCUCAUGUCCGUCUCCAAGAGCUACGGCGCGCUGCUGGGGUUCCGCUUCGUCCUCGGAUGUGUCGAGGCCGGUUUCUUCCCCGGCGUCUUGUAUCUCCUGAGCUGUUGGUAUACCAGGGCUGAGCUGGGCAAGCGUUUCGCCAUCUUCUACACGGCCGCCGUCCUCUCCGGCGCCUUCGGUGGCCUACUCGCCGGCGCCAUCACGGCGAACCUCCACGAUGCGCACGGCAUCGCCGGGUGGCGCUGGUUGUUCAUCGUCGAAGGUGUGGCCACGGUCGGCGUUGCCCUCAUCGCGUUCUUCCGCCAGCUCGCGAGCAUCCGCAUCGUCGCCGACGGCAUCGCCUCGGGCGGGCAGAGCCGGAAGCGGCUCUCGCACUGGAACGCCUUCGUGGCGGCGGUGGCGGACCCGCGGACGUACGCCUUCGUCCUGCUCUUCAUGCUCGACGUCGGCGCCGGCACCAUCUCGUACUUCAUCCCGACCAUCACGCUGACGCUGGGCUACGACACGGUGACGGCGCAGUACAUGACGGUGCCAGUGUACGCCGUCGCGUCCGUGUGCCUCAACAUCGUGGCGUGGAGCUCGGACCGGCGCGCGGAGCGGCGGUGGCACGUGGCGGCGCCGCUGGCGCUGGGGUUCGCGUGCAGCGUCGUGUGCGCCGCCGUGCAGGCGCCCGUGGUGCGGUACGUCAUGAUCUGCUUCGUGGCGGCGGGCAUCUGGUCGGCGCUGCCGCUGGUGCUGUCGUGGGCGAGCGGCGUCGUGAGCCUGCCGCCCGAGAAGCGCGCCAUCGUGCUGGCCAUGGUCAACGCCUUUGGCAACUUCUCGAGCGUGUACGGGAGCCGGAUCUGGCCGAGCCGGGACGCGCCGGCCUACCGCGUCGGCUUCGGCGUCACGGCGGCGUUCCUGGGCGCGGGCAUGGUCAUCGCCUUGCUGAUGCCCGUGUUCAUCCGGUGGGUCGACUGGAAGGGGACCAAGACCGAGAGGGAGGUCCUGGAGGAGGAGGAGGAGGAGGAGGAGGAUCGGAUGUAG